GCUAGCAUUCUGGAGCUGAAAACAUCCGCAAACUGCUCCUUAAUUGUAUACCCCUAGAGUAGACUAGUGCAAUAUUAUUCCUCACCAGAAAUUAAUUAACGCUGUUGGUUGCUAUGGCUUCGUUCAGCUACGGCGGUGCUCCUCCUCCAUCACACUCCGGUCUCCGCCAUUACCCCACCGUGCAUCGACCAGGACUCCUGCCGGCCACUGCCGCGUGUACGCGUGGCGGCGCAGAGCUGUUGCGGCGGCAGUCACGAGCUACCACCCCGCGCACAAAGCUGGCGGAGAAAAUGGUCAGGGAGAAGCUCCUGAUGGGUUUGCCGCCGCCGUCGUCGUACGACACGGCCUGGCUUGCGAUGGUGCCGGCGCCCGGGAGCGCUCGGGCGUCGCGCUUCCCUCAGUGCGUGGAGUGGAUCAUGCAGAACCAGCGGAGCGACGGGUCCUGGGGGCUGCAGGGCCGCCAGGGCGAUGACCCCUCGCUUCUUAUCAAGGACGCGCUGUCGUCUACGUUGGCGUGCGUCCUGGCGCUCAAGACGUGGGGCGUCGGCGACGAGCACGUCGGGAAAGGGCUCCGCUUCAUCGGGCACAACUUGUCAUCCGUGACGACGUACGGCGACGUUGGAUCAAGGCCGGUGGGGUUCAACGUCAUCUUCCCCGGGAUGCUUGCACGUUGCAUCGGCAUGGGCGUGGAGAUGCCUCUUGCCCCGGCCGACGUUGACGGCAUCUUCCGGCUGCGUGACAAAGAGCUACCAAGGUGGUUGGACGUUGAUUUCGGUACAAGUACAAUAAUCAAAGCUUUCAGGGCCUACCUAGCAGAAGGGUUGGGCAACUGGGACGAAGCCAUGGCGUACCAGAGGAAGAACGGGUCCCUGUUCAACUCACCGGCAACGACGGCCGCAGCUGCCAUCCACAGCUACGACCGGGGAGCAGUGCAGUACUUGGAUUCACUUGUCAACUUGUUCGGCAGCUCAGUGCCAGCAAUGUAUCCACGGAUCUUAUACGCCCGGCUUCGUAUGGUGGAUGCUUUAGAAAAAACUGGCAUCUCUCGGAGCUUUUCCAGUGAGAUCAACGGCAUACUUGACAUGACAUACGCGUCCUGGCUUGGCAACGACGAGGAGAUAAUGCUGGACAUGACGACGUGCGCAAUGGCAUUCCGUCUCCUUCGUAUGCACGGAUAUGACGUCUCCUCCGAUGCGUCCUUGGGCCAGUUCAGCGAAGAAUCCAGUUUCCAUGAUUCCAUACAAGGGUGUCUAGGCGAUACGGAGGCGUUGCUGGAACUUCACAAAGCAUCGCAGGUUCAGAUCAGGGAACAAGAGACGGCAAUCCUACGUAGCAUUGGGUCGUGGUCAGCUAAACUCCUGGAGCAGCAACUGCGUUCCAACAAGGUAUCGAGGAACAUAGACCCCGCUGAGGUGGAUUAUGCGCUCAAACAUCCCUUCUACACCACCUUAGACCGGCUGGAGCACCGGCGGAACAUAGAACAUUUCAAGACAACGGCCAUCCAGGUGCUCAAAUCAGCAUACCGAGCUUGUGUCCCAGCAGGUGAGGAAAUUGCAGCCCUGGCAGCUGCUGACUUCCAUGCCUCCCAGACUGUGUACCAAGAAGAGCUACAGUGCCUGGAGAGCUGGGUGAAAGAGCUGAGGCUGCAGGAGCUGGAGUUCGCUAGAAUAAUGCCGCUGAUCUGCUUCUUCCCUCCUGCUGCCACCCUGUUCCCCUGCGAACAACAUGAGGCUCGCAUGGCAAUGAGCAAGCACAACAUCCUGUUGACCGUGGUGGAUGACCUGUUCGAUGUCGGGGGGUCCAGGGAAGAGAUGGAGAACCUCGUCAAGCUGGUUGAAAUGUGGGACGCCCAUAACCGAGUUGGCUUCUGCUCUGAGCGCGUGGAGAUUGUUUUCCGAGCUAUCUACGACACGAGCAACCAUCUGGCAGCCAAGGCUGCUGCAGUACAGAAGCGCAACAUCAUCCAUCAUCUCGCCGAGCUGUGGGCGAACACGGUGAGGGCCAUGAUGGCUGAGGCGAACUGGGCGAUGACAGGGCACCUGCCCACCUUCGAGGAGUACAUGGCGGCCGGCGAGCCGUCGUUUGGUCUUGGACCCAUCGUCCUCGCGUCGCUCUACCUCGUCGGGCCGGAGCUUCCGGAGGACGUGGUCACCUCCCAGGAGUACAACGAGAUGUUCCGGCACAUGAACGUCUGCGGCCGUCUCCUGAACGACCUCCAGUCAUACGAAAGGGAGAAGGAACAAGGCAAGGUCAACAGUGUGCUGCUGCUGCUAGCACUGGAGGAGGAGGGCGGCUCCAUCGAGGCUGUCAAGAGGGAGGUGAGGAGAGCCAUCGAGGCCUCCAGGAUUCAGCUGCUGCGGUUGGUGCUCAGGAAUGAAAGCGAGGUGCCUUGGCCUUGCAGGCAGGUUUUCUGGAAUAUAUGCAAGGUGGUGCACCAGUUCUACGUCCACGUGGAUGGAUAUGCGUCUGCCAAACAGAUGAUGCACUCAUGCACGCCGGGAACGCGGUGGUGCAUCACCCGCUGCAGAUCCCACGCUCGCCGGCCCACAUAUAAUAAGUUCAGCCAGCUGUCCUUGGGCGUUGGUGUUCAUUGUUGAAUUGAAUAAUGAAGACUGAAUGUCCUAACUCCUAUCCAUGCAAUUCAGCUUUACCAAGCAUGAUAUGUAUACUGCAUAUGACGAACUUUAAGUGUGCAUGAUGUGCUCAUUUAUUCCUGGUCCUCUUGUUCAGUGUUGCAUUAGGCACACUGUAACCAAAACCCUGAAUGUUAAUUAGUUGGUGCUCACCACCAAUCACCAGUAGCUUCCAUGUCUUCGUCGAGAGCCAAUGGUCACUUGAUACAUAAGGCUUAUUCAGCUAACCCACAAGUGGUCAGGGGUUUCCGAAUAAAUAAUAAGAAUAGUACGUGUUAGAG